AUGAAGAAUCCUAUGACGGUGACACUAUGCAAACACGCGCACUCGUCCAUGAACGUAAUUACCUCGAUAAUCGGUCUUGUCAAAGGACACAGGGCGGUAAAUUUGAUAUCCCGGCAGCCGCAGCAUUUAUGUUACCCAGCAUCGCUUGCAAAUCCCGAGAUUAGUGUAGUUGUGUACAAUACUGACUGCACAACUUGCAAUACUGGGCUACACGGACUGAGCAACGCUUCUCCAAUAUUCAACCCCGAAAACAAGACUGAGAAGGAGAAGGUAAUGCGAGAGUCUCCGCCAAAUAAAGCAUCGGAAGAUAGCACCAACGAUGGCACGUUAAAAGGAGCGCAGCUGAUGGAAGCUUCUUGGAGGGUAGCCAGAGUCAGUGGUAUAUCCUCAGCGACACUCAAGAGUGCAAAUCGUCAUGUCAUGGCACUGACCGGUCGAGACUACAGGAAAUGGGCAUCUGAGAUGAAAGUUAUUGCUACCAUGACAAUGGCCCUUCUGCCGGCGACUUUCUUCGCCGCUGUAUUCUCAAUCCCUCCGCUCGAAUGGGAAAGGAAACCUGCUGUCUUCCAAACUUUUCUUAUGUUCCUACUUUGCGAUACCCACGACAUUUGUCAUCAUGGCGACCGGGUAUUGAUUGACCCAUCAGCAAGGGAUCCAGACUGGUGUAAAUAA